UAUGUUGAGAUCACUGAUCUACUUAAUCUUUAAGAGUGUUUUACAGCAGAUUGGAACAGUAAAAGAUCAAGCAACCAGCAUUUUCAGUUUGGAAUUUAAAAGAAAAGGCGUAUUUAGUUUGGAAAGAUGCCUCUUUACCGGAUUUCGAUAGGUACACCGGGUGAAGCAAGCCACCCGGAUGCACUUAAAGCAGCCGUAGCCGAGUUCUUCUCAAUGCUAAUCUUCGUUUUCGCCGGCCAAGGCUCCGGGAUGGCUUUCAAUAAGCUGACGUACAAUGGGUCGCCAACACCUUCUGGUCUAAUAUCAGCGGCAUUAGCCCAUGCAUUUGCACUUAUCGUGGCCGUAUCCGUUGGUGCGAACAUCUCCGGCGGCCAUGUGAAUCCGGCUGUCACCUUUGGUGCCUUUGUUGGUGGCAACAUUACAUUUAUUAGGGCCAUUGUUUAUUGGAUCGCACAACUCUUGGGCUCAGUUGUAGCCUGUUGGCUCCUCAAACUCGCCACCGGUGGAUUAGAAACAUCGGCAUUCGCAUUAUCAUCAGGGGUCACAGCGGGGAAUGCACUGGUGUUCGAAAUUGUGAUGACAUUCGGGCUAGUCUACACUGUGUAUGCUACUGCAGUGGAUCCGAGAAGGGGCAAUUUGGGUACCAUUGCCCCAAUUGCAAUUGGGUUUAUAGUUGGGGCUAAUAUAUUGGUUGGUGGUGCAUUUGAUGGGGCGUCAAUGAACCCUGCAGUUGCAUUUGGGCCUGCUGUUGUCAGCUGGACAUGGACAAACCACUGGGUGUAUUGGGCUGGUCCAAUGAUUGGUGCCACUUUUGCAGCCCUCGUGUAUGAUAAUGUCUUCAUUGUUGACAGCACACAUGAACAGCUUCCAGUCACGGACUACUAGCUCAUAGAGUGAUUUCUUCAAUUUAUUUUUGACUUUUUUUUU